UCGUUUCGGAGGAGAAGACGCAAGGUUUCCGGGAAGGCAGCACCGCCCCCCUGCCCGAGUCCCCGUGGUCAGCUGCUAUAAAGGACCAGAGUGCUUCUGGCACCCAGUCCGUGCUGCGCCCCGGGGUCCUUCUUACCUCCGUCGCUAUGUCUCUUGGAGCCUCCCAACUCCCGCUGCCUGCGAUCCUGACCCUGCUCGGGGUUCUGCUCCCAGGGCCUGGAGGUGCCCAAAUAUCAGUGGAACCCCCAAAAGCCAUCAUACCACGAGGAGGCUCCGUGCAGGUGACCUGCAUUGCCACUUGUGACGAAGAUACUUUCUUUGGUCUGGAGACUCAGUUAAUGAAGAGGGAAGUGGCCCAUGGGAACAACCGGAAGACCUAUGAACUUAGUAAUGUACAAGAAGACAGUGCUCCAAUAUGCUUCUCAAACUGUCACAAUAAGCAGACGAUAGCUACAACAUCCCUCACCGUGUUCUGGUUCCCAGAGCGUGUGGAGCUGGAAUCCCUACCCCACUGGCAGCCAGUGGGCAAAAACCUCACCCUGCGCUGCCAGGUGGAGGGAGGAGCGCCCCGGCCCCAUCUCUCCGUGGUCCUGCUCCGUGGGGAGGAGGAGCUGAGUCGGCAGACGAAAGUCAACCUCACUGAGGUCACGGCCACAGUGCUGGCAGGCAGAGACGACCAUGGAGCCAAUUUCUCUUGUCGCACGGAACUGGACCUUCGGUCUGAAGGGCUGGGAUUGUUCCAGAACGUUUCAGCCCCCAGGCAGCUCCGAACCUUCGUCCUGCCAGUGACUGACCCGCACCUUGCCGCCCCCUUGAUCAUGGAAGUGGGCACGCGGUGGCUGGUGAACUGCACCCUGGUUGGGCUGUUCCCAGCCUCAGAGGCCCAGGUCAUGCUGGUGCUGGGGGAGCAGAAGCUGGAACCCACAGUCAAGUACAACGAUGACUUCCUCUGGGCUAGCGCCUGGGUCGAGGCGAAAUCAGAAGAGGAGGGCACCCACCAGCUGACGUGUGCCGUCAUCCUGGGAAACCAGAGCCGGAGGUCGCAGCAGACUGUGACCAUCUACAGCUUCCCUGCUCCCAGCCUGACCCUGAGCCAGCCCGAGGUCUCGGAGAUGACUGUGGUGAGCGUGGAGUGCAAGGCCCAUGCUGGAGCCAUGGUGACGAUGCUGAGUGGGGCUCCAGCCGGGCCUCCAGCCUCAAGCGUCCAAUUUCAACUGAACGUUACAGCCGAGGAUAAUGGGCACAGCUUCUUGUGUUCUGCUGCCCUGGAGGUGGCUGGAGAGGUGCUGUACAAGAACAAGACCCUGAAACUCCAUGUUCUGUAUGGCCCCCGACUAAAUGAGAAGGAUUGCCCAGGAAAUUGGACGUGGCAGGAAGGCUCCCAGCAGACCCUGAGGUGCCAGGCCUGGGGGAACCCAACCCCUAAGCUGGACUGUCGCCAGAAUGGGACUGGGUCUUUGCUGCCCAUCGGGGACCUGAGGCCUGUCAAGAGGGAGAUUUCAGGCUCCUAUGUGUGUCGGGCCAAGAGCAGUCGCGGUGAGGUCAUCCGUGAAGUGGUCGUGAACGUGAUCUACCACGAUAAUAACGUGAUCAUCAUCGUGCUGGUGACAGCUUUAGUCAUCGUGAGCGCUGUACUCACAGGUGCUUACCUCUAUAACCGCCAGCGGAAGAUCCGGGAAUACAAGCUACAGAAGGCCCAGGAGGCGGCUGCCAUGAAGCUGAACACACCACCCUGAGCCUGUCCUAGGACAAGGCCUCCACUGGUGACAUCGGUGCUGCAUUGAGCAGUGGUGGACAUAUACCAUUCAGCUGCAUCUGCCUUCCCAGGAUGCCAGAGGACAGACUAGACCUCAGUCAGGAUACACACAACAUUCAGGGUCAUGGUACCUGCACACUUAGUACCUCCAGGCCUCACGCUUGACCUGUAGCCACAGGUUGAGCCAAGACUUGGGGGCAAGGCUCGGGGUAUGACUGAAAGGGAUGUCAAAGGCUGACCCGGCCAGAGGGGUAUGAUGGAGACGCACACCUCCAACACGGGGGACACCCAUCUGGGAAACAUCAAAACUCACCCCCUACUGCGUGUGCUGAACCCUUACAGUUCUGAGAGAGGGGACCGCGCCAAACAUAGGCAGUACUGAAAUACAAAUCCCUACACUUCCUUUGAUAGAUGCCAGCUCUGGCAGUGCUGUCCACUGACUGUUGCCAACUCUUGGUGAUAUAUUUAUUCAGUUGUUCUUUUACCAGGUAUUUAUUAGUGCCUUUGAUGUGGGGUAGAAUGGUAAAUAAGACGAACAGAGGUUUCUGCCCUUAGGGAGCUCUGUCUAAUGUCAUUCAGGGUUGCCAGGUACAGUUGUGUUGGCUGUGCACUGCACAAGAGCGCCUGGCGAAAGGAUCCAGUGGGGCGGAAUUUCCCACUCCAUCGGCCAAACUGCUUUCCUCCAGAAGGGGACUCCCGGUGCAACACGGUCUAGCUGGUGACAUGCCCAGGGACGACUCACGGAGCCCUGACCACCCAGCACUGGUGUUGACAUCUGUUAGCCACCUCUCCACCCAUAUGCAUCUUUGUUAGUGCUCACAAUGACACUUGGUGGCAUGCCUAAACAUGAGUGCCCAAUCCUUGGCAGCUAAAGUAUGGAGUCCCAUGAAACUAUGUCCAACCCCUCUUUGCCCCUGCUUUGUCCUGUUUCCAUCUCAUUGGGACCAUGCAAGAAAAGAACUCUGGCAGCUCCAAAUUCCUUCAGUGAUGAGGGCCCGACAGGCAGUGGGGAGGAGAGGCCUUGGAGGACCCCCUCCCAGGUCCGGAAGCCUCUCCCUUGUGCUAAUAAAGCUUUUUCAUCUGG